GACGAUCCACAUUGCCACAGCAGUUUGAAGAGCGCAUGAAUGAGGCAUUUGGCUGCUGGACACCGUGAGACAGUGACUGUGAGAGCAUGUUCAUGAUGGGACUACCCUGGCUGCUAGUUUUGGAGCUUGUCCUUUACGCUGGUUGUUUCAUUUGUGGGGUGAUAGCUGCCGCCUGGAUGACACUAACUCAGGGCCACUUUGAUGGACGGUGCAUCCUCUAUGGAAGUGUUCAUUAUAACACAUCUGGCCAGGCUUUGACCGUGGAAGGCUCCAGUUCUCCUUCUGUCUGCUAUUUUGUAUCAGCCAUCGCAGUGUGCAUGGCUAUUUACUGCUUUUCCCUUAUUCUUUACUGGAUCUAUGCCAGCUGUGUAGAUGAGGAUGUGAGAAGGGGGACUGUUUCUCUCAACACAUCUCUGGGAGUCUGUGGCCUACUUCUGUUUUUUCUCUUGGUAUCAGGAUGUAUUCUCAAGAUCGGUCGGGACAGCCUGUGUUUCUCUGUCCUUCAUAAUGUUCCUUCCAUUAACAGUUGUGAAGAUGCAGAGAAUAAGACAUGGGCUCAUCCAUACACUGGAAAUCAGUUCUACACAGGACUGUACAGUACUGAGAGGUCAAUGUGGGUAAGCUUCUUCUUCUGGGUGUUAAUAACGGCCGUGGUGGUCAUACAGAGACGCCAGAGCUCAAGGUUGAAGGUUUGGGGUAAUGAUGAGUGGAGCCGUGCUGAGACCGAGCCCUUCCUUCAUCGUCCAUCCCACCCAAGAUAAAUCACCAGAAACCACCAUCACAUGAGCUUAUCACGAAGUAUCAUGCAGAGUUUAGUGCAUUCAGUUAUGUGGGAACACAAGCAGUGAUGAAAUACUUAAUAUUUUUGUGGCAACACUUGAAUUUUUAUUUAAUUAUUCAUCUAAAUAGUGCUUUGAUGUGAUAGCUACAAUAAUAUAUACAAAGUUUAAAGAUAUGUCCAGAGAGCCAAUUGACAUGCCUAAGAACAUGUCAUUGGACAUGAUGGAUAUAAGACGAGUCAACCAACCAUUGUUGCAAAAUAAAGUAAUCAGGAAAGUAAUCCCCAAAAUGAACAGGAGGGCUCUUCUAUACCUUGAAGUGGUUUUAUCCUGUUUAAUACAUGGAUAUUUAGCAAGUAAAUGAAUAAAUGAUGUAAAAAUGAAAUUAUGUUACAAGAAAUUGACUGCUGAGUGCCACACAAGACAUAAAACUAGCACAGCUAUGUAUGAAAUCGGUUGCCUUAGACAACAGUCAAUAGGUACAGUUUAGUUAAUAUUUAUGUAAAUAUUAUACAAUUAUCAAUAUUUUAGAUCAUUAAUCAUAUUUUGACAUGAACGUUUAUGAACAUUUAACUUCACUUAGAAUGGCAUACAAAAUGUAUGUAUACACACACACACACACACACAUAUAUAUAUAUAUAUACUGUAUGUAUAUGUGUGUGUGUGUGUGUGUGUCAUUCUAUUACAGUCAUACAGCACUCAGUACCAUCAUUUAACAUCUUAAAAUAACAGCUAAAUGUGAAGAUCAGAAGGCGAUCUGUAUCCAUAUUUAUGGCAGUGCCUUGCAAAAUCAAAAAUUAAUUUUUUGUGUGCUCAGUGUAAUAAUACUGAUUAUUUACAAAUGUGAGCUGUGGAGUGUUUAGAAGAUUAAAAGAAAAAGACGCCACAUUUAAAGUUGAUGUGUGUCAUUUCUGCCCCACCAACUCAUGAUGGUUUAAAGGGAUAGUUCACCCAAAAAUAAAAAUUAUCUCAUAAUUUACUCACCCUCAAGCCAUCCUAGGUGUAUAUGACUAUCUUCUAUCAGAGGUCAGAGGUCACCCUUCUGCCAGAACUCGACUUUCAUGAAUGUGCGUACGGCCAUUGCCAGAGAUUAUAGUUUAUUAAGUUUUAAAUAUGGGUAUUUGUCUUACAAAAACCAUCGCUUUGCUUCAGAAGGCAUUUAUUAAGCCACUGGAGUCAUAUGGAUUAUUUUUAUGAUGGAUGGAUGCACAUUUUGGAGCUUCAAAAACUCGGGCACUAUUUAAUGCCAUAACAAAGCUGGGAAGAGCCAGGAUAUUAUUUAAUACAAGUCUGAUAGUGUUUGGCUGAAAGAAAAAAGUCAUAUACACCUAGGAUGGCUUGAGGGUGAGUAAAUAAUGGGAUAAUUUUCAUUUUGGGGUGAACUAUUCCUUUAAGUUUUGCCAAACACUCUACACAUCCGCUACUGGUCGAGCAAACACCGCCUCAAACUCACACAUUUGUUGAGAAAUUAUUGUUGUCUCAGGAUUGGAUUUUAAAGUAAUUUCAAAUUUCAUUAAAUUUGAAUUGCUGGACAAGCUAUUUUCCCGCUGUGUUUCAGAGUUGCUUGCUUAGUUUGCGAGCCUGCCUCUCUUUGGCUUCAAACGCCACUUUAGUGUCUAUCAGAGCUUCCAGCGUUUUGCACAUCUCAGCCAUGUCCUGUUGAAGCACGUCGCUUUGGCUGAGGAGACUAUGGCCUUCCUCUCUCAGCUGCUCGGCUAGAGCGGCCAUCUGCGCGCUUUCCUCCUGACACUGCGCGUGCAGCUGAACGGCCAAUGAGAGCAAACCCUCCGCGUGGCUCACCACUGAGUCCAGCUGGUCCUUCGACAUCCUGUUGUUCUUCACUUCACAGCU